CGUGGCCCUCCCAGCAGAGGCUCAGCACCAGGUCCUCCGAGAUUCAGGCUCCUGUAGAUCCUGGUAGUCAGGGGCGCGGAUUCACCCAUGUGCUUGAGGAACUGCCUAGUCAUUGUCUCUUUCUGCACCUGCUUCGCGGCUUCUUAUCUUAUCAACAAGUAUGUCCUGUCUGUCUUGAAAUUUACCUACCCUACAUUAUUUCAGGGGUGGCAGACAUUGAUUGGUGGACUUUUGCUUCAUGUGUCAUGGAAACUGGGAUGGGUGGAGAUCAACAGAAAUUCAAGAUCUGAUGUUUUGACCUGGCUUCCUGCUUCAUUCCUGUUUGUGGGUAUUAUCUACGCCGGUUCUAGAGCACUGUCCCGGCUGGAGCUGCCCCAGUUUGGUAUGAGUGUCAUGAGGGUCAUUUUUCUCCACAUUUUCAUCAAGGAUUUCCAUCUCCUGCUUUGUUACUGUCGGCCAUUCUCACAUAGUGCAGCUAUGUGUGAGGUGGCAUCUCAAGUGGCCUUCCUUUGCAUCUCCGUAAUGGCCAUUCCUGUGUUUCUUACUUUGCAUAAUGUAGCUGAAGUUAUCAUCUGUUGGCACCAGAAGUGUUUCCGGAAAGAGAAAACUGCCCCUGUGAAGAUCUGUAGUGCCCUCUUCCUCUUGGCUGCUGCAGGGUGUCUUCCCUUCAAUGAUUUCCAGUUUGAUCCAGAUGGAUAUUUCUGGGCUGUGGUUCACUUCUUCUGUGUAGGAGCUUAUAAGAUCCUUCAAAAGUCCCAGAGACCCAACGCAUUAAGUGACAUUGACCAGCAGUACUUAAACUAUAUAUUCAGUGUGACGCUGUUGGCACUCGCAUCUCAUCCCACAGGUGACCUCUUCAGCAUCCUGGACUUCCCAUUCCUGUAUUUCUACAGAUUCCAUAGCAGCUGCUGUGCCAGUGGAAUUUUAGGAUUCUUACUCAUGUUCAGCACGGUGAAGCUUAAAAGCCUUAUGGCCCCUGGGCAGUUUGCAGCCUGGAUUUUCUUUGCAAAGGUAAUCACAGCUAGUCUAUCAGUGUUGCUGUUUGAUGUGUUCCUGACCAGUGCGACUGUGGGAUGUAUCUUGCUUGGUGGACUUGGCGAGGCCUUGCUGGUUUUCUCUGAAUGGAAGGUCUCCUGAAGGUGACACACAGAAAAGAAACUCCUGGCUGCCCACUGGAGAACACAGCUCCGGAUUUCAGUGCUCUCUGUUGAAUGUGCUGGAAGGAAGAAAGCAAGAUGGAUGUCUCUGUCUCCCUGUGUCAAGGAGAGCGAGUGUGUGUUGGGGCCUCUUGGCUGUUACAGAGAAUGGACUGUGCGGUCUGCCUACUUUGAGAGUUAAUUCUUUGCAAGUUCUGUAAGACUCACCAGUGAUAGGGCUGCCUCUGCUCACCUUGACUGCCAGAAGGGUCUCAGACGUCCUGAAUGCCCAGGUGAUGUCUUGGGACUCUCAUUCAUAAUGAUGCCUGCUUCUUUCUUAGGUCUGUACCUGCUUCCCUACAUGACUUUAUUCACUCAUUCACUUAUAUAUUCCAGAAAUGUAAACAGAGCAUCAUUUAUCUUCAGGAACUGUGCAGGUACUGAGGGGACACCAUUAAUAAGAAACAUUUAGGAUGGGGGGAGAGAGUACAGGUCCAAAAAGGAUGACAGAGGACCUAGUGGGUGUUGUGUUGUUAUGUGGAAAACUGCAUAUACAAAACUGCAUAUGCAUAUACAACUAUUGUAUUUACUCUCGAAUGUAAAACAUUAAUCCCCAAUAAAGAAAUUAAAAAAUAGUUAAUAUUCAAAAAAAAGAGAGACAGAAAUAUUUAGAUCCUGAGAGACUGCCAGACAGGUCUAAUGAAUGUCCUUCCUCAAACACUGCAUGGUUGGUUAGUUGGUUGGUGUCUACAUCUUUGAAUACACCUCUGGGGUGUUUUUUCCACGCUGUGAAGUUGACUUGCCUAGAGCCUACACUCACCCACUUCAGAGCACAGAGAAACUCCAGGCAAGGGCUUCCAUGGGACCAGGGGGGCGGGGCGGGAGUGGGCAUUGAGUGGUAGUUCUGGGCCAAAUAAGAAGCCAGUAAAUUCCAGAGUGAGUACUGAAGCCUUUUUGUGAUUGUAUGUUGUGUUGUGUUGAGUUUUUCACACUUCACUUUUUUUUUGCCCCCUCUUCAGUUCAUUUGGCACUAAGUGAUCAUCAGGGUUUAUAAGAACUAAUGACUAUCCAGCUUGGGCAGUGAAACAAACAUAUAGCAAGUAUAUACACAGGGACACUUAUACAUAUUAUAUUUACAGUCCUUAAAGCUUUUAAUUCAUUUCAUUACCUAAUAGAAGAUACAAACCACUGAAGUGUGUGUGUGUGUGUGUGUGUGUGUGUGUGUGUGUGUGUUUAUUGCUACGACUGAUUAAAAGCCCUAUUGAGGCUAGGGGUAUGAAUCAACCUACCAACACCCAUGUCCAGUGGAAAAGCAAUUAUAGAAGCCAGACCUUUCACCUUCGCACCCCAUAAAGAAUUUUGGUCCAUACUCCCAGAGGGAUAAAGAAUAGGGAAGCUUCUAGGGGAGUGGGGCGGGCAGUAGCACAGUGGAUUAAGCACACAUGAUGUGAAGCACAAGGAGCAGCAUAAGGAUCUGGGUUCAAGCCCCUAGCUCCCUACCUGUGGGGGGUGUUGCUUCACAGGCGGUGAAGCAGGUCUGCCUGCAGGUAUCUAUCUUUCUCUCCCCCUCUGUCUUCCCCUCCUCUCUCCAUUUCUCUCUGUCCUAUCUGGCAACAACAACAGAGAAAACAACAAUGACAAUAACAACAAUGGUGACAAGGGCAACAAAGUGGGGAAAAUGGCCUCCAGGAGCUGUGAAUUCGUAGUGCAGGCACCAAGCCCCAGUGAUAACCCUAGAGGCAAAAAAAAAAAAAAAAACAA